GGUCAGCAUUUGCACUCCAUUAAGUCACGUUAAGUAACAUUUUUGUUGCAAUUCCAGUAUUUGAGCCAGUCGUCAAGUCACGUAAAUCGGAGUAUAUUGAAACCAUCUGGAGUGUACACGACGAUUUAGGAAAACAUAUCUUUAGGGAGAAUCGAUUGCUCUUAGGUCCAAAUCAAGAUGUUCUACACAUGUGGACCCAAUGAAGCCAUGGUGGUGUCUGGCUUUGGUCGUUCCCCUCCUCUAAUGAUCGCUGGAGGAAGAGUGUUUGUCCUCCCCUGUAUUCAACAGAUCCAGAGGAUCACUCUGAACACCCUGACUCUGAAUGUGAAGAGUGAUAAGGUGUACACCCGUCAUGGAGUGCCCAUCUCUGUCACUGGCAUCGCUCAAGUGAAGAUCCAGGGUCAGAACAAGGAGAUGCUGGCCACGGCCUGUCAGAUGUUCAUGGGGAAGUCUGAGGCUGAGGUCUCCAACAUCGCCCUGGAAACACUGGAGGGGCACCAGAGGGCCAUCAUCGCCCAUCUGACUGUUGAGGAGAUCUACCAGGACCGUAAGAAGUUUUCUGAGCAGGUGUUCAAGGUGGCCUCCUCUGACCUGGUCAACAUGGGCAUCGGCGUGGUCAGCUACACGCUCAAAGACGUUCACGACGACCAGGACUACCUCACCUCCCUGGGUAAAGCUAGGACAGCUCAGGUGCAGAAGGAUGCCAGGAUCGGAGAGGCUCAGUACAAACGAGACGCGGUGAUCCGUGAGGCCCAGGCCAUGCAGGAGAAGGUGUCGGCCCAGUAUCUGAAUGAGAUCGAGAUGGCCAAAGCCCAGAGAGACUACGAGCUGAAGAAGGCCUCCUACGACUAUGAGGUCAACACCAAGAAGGCGGAGUCUGAGAUGGCCUAUCAGCUGCAGGUGGCGAAGACGAAGCAGCGGAUUGAGGAGGAGACGAUGCAGGUGAAGGUGGUGGAGAGGUCUCAGCAGAUCAUGCUGCAGGAGCAGGAGAUCACCCGUAAGGAGAUGGAGCUGGAGGCCACGGUGAAGAAGCCUGCUGAGGCAGAGAGAUACCGUCUGGAGAGACUGGCUGAGGCGGAACGUGCACAGCUCAUCAUGGAGGCUGAGGCAGAGGCAGAGUCCAUCAGAAUGAGGGGUGAUGCUGAGGCGUUUGCUUUGGAGGCUAAAGGUCGUGCCGAGGCAGAGCAGAUGGCUAAGAAGGCUGAGGCCUUUAAACAGUACGGGGAGGGAGCCAUGGUAGACAUGCUGCUGGAGAAACUACCACUGAUAGCAGAGGAGAUCAGCAGGCCCCUCUCCAUGGCCCAGAAGGUUACCAUGGUUUCCAGCGGCGGGGGUGAGGUGGGCGCGGCCAAGCUGACCGGAGAGGUUCUGGACAUCAUGACCAGACUACCAGCUGCCGUGGAGAAACUCACUGGAAUCAACAUCUCACAGGUUGGGCUGUCCACCCGAAUGGGCUGAGAAUGGAGCCUAGUUAUUGAGACAGUCUGCACCGUCAGACCAGGAACUCCAUACUGCCUCCUUGUGCCUAUAAUUAUUAUUACCUAGUGUAGUUGUCUGUCUGCAUGCCUGUCUCCUUAGGGCAUGUCUGUCUGCAUGCCUGUCUCCUUAGGGCAUGUCUGUCUGCAUGCCUGUCUCCUUAGGGCAUGUCUGUCUGCAUGCCUGUCUCCUUAGGGCAUGUCUUUCUCCUUAGGGCAUGUCUUUCUCCUUAGGGCAUGUCUUUCUCCUUAGGGCAUGUCUGUCUGCAUGCCUGUCUCCUUAGGGCAUGCCUGUCUCCUUAGGGCAUGCCUGUCUCCUUAGGGCUUGUCUCAACACUCUUAUUCGACCUCCCCUCUUGCUUCCUGGUCCUUUUUGGCACUGAUCUGAAAACAGAGGAUGGUUCCAAGCUGUAUGUUGUAAGCCUACUGGGGGAGUGUGUCUCCUGGUCAUUCAUAACUGUUAGUUCAGCUUGGAUGAAGGAAAGAAAAGCACUUUGGAGUAGCAUGACACAGCCUUCGUUGUUCUGGUAGUAACUCCGCCUCCUCCACCAUUCUGUACUCUUUUCUCCAUCCGUUAUUCAGUGUGUUUUAAUCACUGCUUCAAGCCUGCCUCUGUCUCCCUCCAUUACAGGUUUGGGUCCAUAUAAACUGUUCAACUGUCUCAGUUAUAAUUCAUAGAAUGUUAUUUCAUUGGGAUGUGGUUGUGUUUGAGAAAUGAUGUAGGAAAUAAUCGUGUCAGUAUGAGGUCAUCCAUGUCAUUGUUGGGUUUGUCAGCUGAUUGUUUUGUCAACAUUUGCAGUUCUAGAAGGUUCUCAGCAUCGGAAGCUUGCUUAGUUGCUAUCAAAUGAAGAAAUGCUUUUUACUUUCACUGGGAAGAAAUGAAGAUAUGUCCAGAAUCAGAAUUUAGAUAAUGGUAGUCAUGUUAUUUAUACAUGACUUCUGCAUGCCUUACAGCAUUCCAGUACCUCUGUCUACCACCUUAUGGACAAAGUAGUUUUCCACUAUGUGCUCCCCUGACAGUAGACCCUAAGAUCAGUCUAUCUACUCAUAUCUCUAAGAUGACACUCUAGAAUGGCCAGUGCCUUGUUUUAGAGUCUAAUUAAUCAUAUCAGUUCAAGCCAUAUUACAAUAGAAGCCAAGUUACAUGCAGAUUAUUCUGUCUUUUGUAAGUCUGUGUUUUACGAUUUGUGGGCUUUUUGCCAUGACUCUGCCAUUUGUGGGGGAUGAGAACACAAACUAUAUGAUGGGUUGGCACUAAACCUCUUCUGUGUUGGUACAAUACUGGCAUAGACACAAUCAAUGGAGUACCGACUCUGGAACUACAGAUUCUGUUACUAUACUGUUGUUUAUCCAACAGACAGAUUGUCAUGUACACCAUUAUGGCUUAGUUCCAGUGUGUUUCUAAACCCUAGACUUAUUAGACAGACAGGCCUUCGAUCAGAGCUUCUACUGUGCUAGAACUGUAUAAAGGUGGAGAUUUUCUGUGAAGUGAUUGGAAGGAAGAGGGAGGGAGCAGACUGGGGGUUUUCCUGCUGAAGGCUAACCUCCGAGGUCUCUAUCUAGGUCAGGUGUACUGUCAGUCACGUGGUGUCUGGUAGAUGUGUUGUUUGAGGUGAAGGUAUUUGUGUAGAAGAGGGGAAUGGGUGCCAGUCUGUUUCUGCUCUCUUUUCAAAUCCUUCUAGAAUUGCCAUGCCAAACAUGUUUCCCUUGACAAUGACAAUGGAACAGGCAAAAACACAAACAGACCUGGGACCAGGCUACAGACACUAAAGUAGUGGACUUCCAUUAAGUUGUAUGGUCCAGUGGGGUAUUCAGGGACCUUCUAUAGAUUGGAGUAGACAAUAUACAUUUGAAUUAGGAGCUAUCCUUUCAUAUUGUAAUAUUAUCAUUAGAAUGGUGUAUUUUUGUUGUGCUGGUCACAUCCCUUUGAUCCUUUUGUAGUACAGGGUUGUUGUAGUUGUUAGGGACUUGUUCUAUACCAUAGAAUCCUUCUAAUUCUAUACCGCUGCUCAGGAUUCUAGAAGCUACUUCUCUCUACCGGAUUGAAUACUACCACAAAGCUUACAUGCGAUCUGGCUGUCUAUGCAUUUUGUUACCAAGUGCCUGACUAAGUUGAAAGAUUCCCAUUUUUCUCUCAACCUAAAGACUAAACUAUCACACCAGGUUAAACAUGAACAAUCUAGAGGCAUGCUAUGUCCUAAAGAUAUUAAUGAAAGCCAUUUUCGUCAAACCAAUUCUACUGCUUUCACUUAUGCACACACCUGUAUAUUACAUCAGUCAAUGAUUUGUGACUUCUAACCUUUUUAUGUCCUGUAGCUGCACUUAGUUCAAUGUGAUUUCUGUCUUUAUUUCCAUCUAUACUUUGUUGACUUGCCAAAAUAAUCCUGGCCUCCCGUGUAGUGUAAAUUUAGUAUGCAAGUGCACUAAAUAUUUGGAAUGAAAUUAUUGUAACAACAUAUAAACACAAACUCUGAUUUCCUAACGUAAA